AUGAGGCCAUCCUUGCUGGCUUGGUCUUUCCUCUCGCUUUUCUCCAUCACCACUCUCGCCUCUCCCUCCGAUAAAGAUGCCGGAGAUAAAGUGAAAACGACUACAUUUAACGGUAUUGAAGUGCCUCAGAUGACAGAGUUGACGCCUGAUACUUUCAAGGAGACAAUCAAGGAUGGCUACUGGUUUAUUAAGAACUUCUCUCCUGCAUGCCCGCAUUGCCAGAAAAUUGCUCCGGCAUGGCAAACCCUCUACGAACUGUAUUAUACCUCGGAUCCACUAUCUUCCUCUUCUUCGAAAUCUUCCGAUACCAAGUCAUUGAACUCAUUCCAAGGCUUCUAUGACUUUCACUUCGCAUCCCUGAAUUGUUUGGUGUAUGGGGACUUGUGCGAGGAAUUAAACAUCAUGUUUUACCCCACAUUCUCCCUCUAUCACAAUGGUGAAUUGGUAGAACACUAUGAAGGGGUUAAGUCGAUGGCGGGCCUCAGUGAGUUCAUCGAAGGAAAGCUCGAAGCCAUCAAGCCCGGAUCUCGCCCCCCGAGCGGCCUGAACCUGCCUGAUCCAGGUGCGAAAGGAGUGGAUACGGGUGCCAAACCAGAAACACCCGCUGCCAAGGACAAAGAUCGUGAAGCGGGUGCUAAGGCUGGUGAAAAGCACAACGAACAAGCCGCACAGCUGUCCAACAAAGACGCAGCCACUGAAAAGAGUGCGGCUCCCAAGUCGGACCGCAAGCCCGCCCCAGCCAAUCCUCAGGGAAUUUCGGUUCCCCUCACGGCUGAAAGCUUUCAGAAACUUGUGACUACCACCAAGGACCCGUGGUUUAUCAAAUUUUAUGUACCCUGGUGCCCUCAUUGCCAAGCGCUGGCUCCUACCUGGAAGCAGAUGGCCAAGGAAAUGCAACAUGUCCUUAAUGUUGGAGAAGUUGACUGUGAGGUCGAGAAAAGACUCUGCAGCGACGCACAUGUGACUGCUUUCCCAACAAUGUAUUUCUUCCGCGGUGGCGAGAGAGUCGAGUAUACUGGCCUACGUGGCUUGGGGGAUCUAGUUACUUACGCCAAAAAGUCUGUUAGUAUAGGACUUGGCGUUCAGGAUGUGGAUGCGGACACCUUCAAGGAACUAGAGGCAAAAGAGGAGGUGAUAUUCUUGUACUUUUAUGAUCACGCCACAACUUCGGAGGAUUUUGAAGCGCUGGAGCGCCUGACCUUGAGCUUAGUUGGCCACGCACGGAUUGUCAAGACCAACAGUGCAGCUCUCGCUGAACGAUUCAAGAUUUCAACCUGGCCUCGUCUUCUCGUAUCACGUGAUGGGCGAGCGAAUUACUAUACCCCAAUUGCUCCCAAGGAUAUGCGUGACUUCCGUCAAAUCCUAGCCUGGAUGCGCACAGUGUGGCUGCCUAUCGUCCCGGAGAUGACCGCCUCCAAUGCGCGAGAGAUCAUGGAUGGCAAGUACGUGGUUCUUGGUAUCUUGAGCCGAGCGCGCUCGGAUGAAUUCCUGCAGUCCAAGAGGGAGUUAAAGAAUGCAGCUCUCGAAUGGAUGGAAAAGCAGACGCAGCUAUUCAAGUUGGAGAGGCAAGAGUUACGAGACGCCAAGCAGCUCCGAAUCGAGGAAGCCGACGACCGGAACGACCAACGUGCAUUACGAUCGGCCAAGAACAUGCGUAUCACCAUCCGUGAAGACGACAAGAAGCAAGUUGGCUUUGCUUGGGUCGACGGUGACUUCUGGGAGCGUUGGCUCCGAAACACCUACGGUAUUGACGUGGCCAAUGGAGAACGAGUCAUUAUCAACGAUCAAGAUAACCGACGCUACUGGGACUCUUCUUCUAGCGGAGCUUCCAUUAUGGCUUCACGUACCUCGAUCCUGGAAACCAUUCCUCUUGUGGUGGCCAACCCCCCCAAACUGUCCCCGAAGUCCACAGUUGGCACCUUUGAAUUUAUCUUUUACUUCACUCGAUCCUUUAUUGUUAGCCACCCCAUCUUCUUCGUCAUUAUCCUGAUCAUUUCGGUUGCCGCAGCUACCAUCUUUGCCCGCCGCAGAAAUGCCCGAUGGGGAGGUCGUGGCGCUAUUCUCGGGGUUAGUAACGGCAACGGAUUCUUUCACCUCGACGGAAAGGAGGGCAUUCUGAACGGUGGCGCGACAGGGAAGGUGGAUUGA